AUGGAUUUAGACCUAUUGCUUGCUCAAACUGAAUUUUUACAGUCUGACAAUGAAUUGCCAGACUGUUAUGAAACAUCUGAUAAUGAAUUGCUAAACUGUUAUAAGACAUCCGAUAAUGAAUUUCCAGACUGUUAUGAAACAUCCUAUAACUAUGAAACAACGGAUGAUGAGUAUUCAAAUAAUAGAUCAGUUGUAUCCGAAGAACAUAUGUCUAAAAAAAAACGAAAUUGUAAAAUAAAUCCAAAAACUAUUUUAGAAAAGAAAGAUAGGGGUUGCGAAUCCACUGUAUAUAUGCUAAUAUUGACCAUUGAUCAUCAUAUUGGUGCAAGAAAAAAUAACACACUUCGCCAAAAAAUUUUUGCAUUUCUAAGACAAUUGGUGUAUUUAUAUAAUGAGCAUUACGGUCAACUAAAAGCUUGGCCUAAAACAGUAAUGCUAUAUAUUAAUCAUAAUAUUAAAAAAUAUCUCAAAUAA